AUGAAGAAGCAUGUAGUAGACUACAAGUCAGACGAGGAAAAGACGGCAACAGCCAGACGGGCUAUCCUCUUGCCCCUUGUGGCCUCGACGCUGUCGCCCCUGUCGUCCCCCGUGACCUCGCCUACAGGAUCACCCCCGGGUUCCCCACGGGCCUCGCCCUCCUCUGCCUUACUUGGCUUGUCUUCUGCUUCUGCUGGAGGUCACCCCUUCUUUGCCUCCUCGUCUAGUCCGCCCUCUUCUUCCUCACAGGAGCGCCUCCUUUCAACCGUGCAGGCUUCUAAUGUGACCAAUAACGACACCAACACCAACGCCACUACCACAACUACCAAGGAGCAUACAAGUACCAGCAUGACGGUCGCAAAGCUGGACCCCAACAACGCCGAUGGAGGUAUCGACGUCCUCAGCCCUACCGCGGGCUUCUCGCCCCCACUCUCGCCGCUCUCCAACAAGAAGAGCAGCUCCUUCUCUUCUUCAACCACUACCACCACGACCACAGCCACCUUUACCACUGAAAACAACAAGACUGCGCCAACCACCACUACACAUACCAAAACAACCAAGACAACAACCAAUGGAAAAGGUGGCAACAUCAAGUACGAAGUAUUCGACAAAGAAACCGGCGAAAAAGUCCAACGAUCCCGCCCCGUCCAGGGCCCCAAGAUGAACCCAAUCUACAAGACUCUUCGCGCUUUCGCGUGGGCGUUGUAUUUCAACCUGGGUGCUUCGUUGAUUUCGAUGACCCAGGUGUUGUCGCUACCGUUGGCUGUCAUUGCGCCCGGAGUGUACCGCCGUCAUAUCAACAGGACGGAAGGACAUUUUGGAGCGUUCCUGUUGAAGAUGAAUCAGUUUUUUGCGCCUUCGGAUAUUGUCUUGACAGGCGAUGAGAGUAUUCGUGGGAUUGUGAAGGUCUACAAGGGACGACGACUUCAGCAUGGCAAGGAUGGCGAGAAGGUCAAGGAUGAGAAGACUUAUGGCAAGGAUGAGACCAUUCUGGACAUGCCUGAACGCAUGAUCUUUAUCUCGAACCAUCAGAUUUACUCGGACUGGAUGUACCUGUGGUGCUUUUCGUACUUUGCAGAGAAGCAUCGAGCCCUCAAGAUUAUUCUCCGGGGCGACUUGACUUGGAUCCCUGUCUUUGGCUGCUCCGUGUCAAUUGAAAAGGGUAUGAGGUUCUUUGAUUUCAUUCUGUUGAAGCGUAACGACUGGGCUCAUGACAAGCGCGCGAUUGAGGAGAAUCUGGAUCGUGUGAAUGCCAAGGACCCUCUCUGGCUUGUUGUCUUCCCCGAGGGUACUGUCGUCUCUCGUGGUACUCGCAAGCGUUCCGCCACCUUUGCUGAGAAGGCCGGUCUUGCUGAUCAUCGUCAUGUGUUGUUGCCAAGGACGAGUGGACUGUUUGUGUGCAUCAACAAGUUGCGAGGAUCGGUCGAGUACCUCUACGACGCGACGGUUGGUUACUCUGGAAUUGCAUACGGAGAAAUCCCUCAGGAAUUGUACCCCUUACCAGGAUUGUAUUUGAACGAGGCGCAACCCAAGGAUAUUAAUAUGCAUUUGCGUCGGUUCGCGAUCAAGGAGAUCCCGGAGACGGAAGCCGAGUUUGUCGAAUGGGUCCGGCAACGGUGGCUGGAGAAGGAUGAAUUGAUGGAGGAGUUUUAUACCACGGGCAAGUUCCCUUCGCAACUGACUCUUGAGGAUAUUGGUGGCGGUAAGGAGGAUGGUGAGGAGAAGGAGGUUGUGAAGAAGAAAGGAGGAGAGAGUGUGAGGAUCCCGUUGAAGUCGAGGGCGAUGUUGGAUUACUUGUCGCCCUCGGCGUUGAAUGUUAUUGCGCUGCCUAUGGUGGCACUUGCCAUCCGCUAUGCCCUCCAGUACUCUUCUUGA